AUGGAUAAGGGCGUCGAGUAUUCUGACGAUAAGAUUAUUAUUUUUUAUGGAAUGACUUCUUCUCAAACUUUAUUUGUUGGCUACUUUCUCAACUAGAAUUUUAUGAUGUUGUUUCUCUAAAUUAUAGCUUAAAACAUUAUUCUUACUCUUAUUACUUGGAAUCCUUCCUUCUUAUAGGUCAGAUGGGCUUAUUUUUGCUCAAGCUUUUUGAUUUUGUUGUUUCUUUAUGAACAAAUUCGCCUUAAAAAAAAUAAUUUUUAACUCUACUAAUCUGAGUAAGAAUGGGCACAUAUCAUUAAAAAUGGUCUUUCUUCUCCUAUAAUGACUGUCAGAUACAAUUAAAAGGAGAAUUUCAUACAAAUGGAGAUUAUAAAUAACAAGGCAUAGAAACAGUUUGGCAUAAAGACUUCAGAAGAAUUUAAAGCUUUCUCUAGAAUGGUUAAAGUUUUUAGUAAAGAAGCAAUUAUUGAUGAAAUCUUAGAAUAAGAAUAGCUCACAGUAAAUCCUGAAAGAAAAAGUAUUGGUAAUCAAGAAAGGUAGGCACAUUUAGACUUUACUCAGUAGAAUGAUACCGCUGAACAUAAUUAGGCACUUACUUUUGAAAAUUAAAUAAUUUUAUUAAUCAAGAAUUAAAUUGUUCAAGAGAAAACAGAAAAGAGAUUUUGUGUAAACAUCAGCAGUAGUGGUGCGAAUAACAGGAAAAUUAUUGAUCAAAAUAAUAAUAAAAAUUUAAAUUAAAAAACUUAAAAUUUAGAUAAUUAACAAUAGCAAUAACAAUCCAUUUAUCAAUAUAAUUGCAUUUAUAAUCCUUCCAAAGAAAGAAGUUUGAUAUAGAAAUUUUCAGUUAAGCUAUCUAUAUUUUAGCAAUAAUCUUAAUACAAUUGCUGCAUAGUUGUUGAGGAAGAAAGUAGUGACCAAAAAAUUAAAAGAUUACAAAAAAUGUAUUAAAAAUAGCAAUCAAAUUUUAUGAUUUAGUUUUUGCAUAUGUGGACAAAACUAAAAGCAACAAUUGAAAAAUAAUCUAAUUAGAACAUAAUUAGAUCAUAUAUUAAAUUAGCGCUUAAUUAGAUAAAUAACAUAAAAACUCACAUGCAGCAAAUAAAAAAACAGACUGUCAUCUCUAAGUAAGAAUACAACAAAGAAACAUUCUUAAAAGAAAUCGUAGAUAAUAUUUCUCAAACAUUCUACUAAUUCAAAGAUUAAUUGAAAUUCGAAUUCUCAAAUUGCACGAAUUAAACAUUUAUAUGCUCAAACGUCCCUAGGAUAUGCUAGAUAUUGACUAAUUUAAUAGAAAAUAGUCUAAAAUACCAGCUUUAUCCAACGAAUACAAUUGACUAUAGCAAUUCUACACAAGAUUAAACACUUCAGUUUAAUACAUAAUAAUUGAUUGAUAGUCCUUAAACAUCAUAAAAUACAUUUAUUAAACACAGUCCGAGUUAUCUCUUUUUAAAACAAAAUGAAAUCACUUUUACAGAAUGUCAUGAUUCAUACAGAACAUUAGCUAUAAAUAUGAGUGAAAAUAAAAGAAGUAGCCGAGCAGACAUCCUAGUAAGUCCGAGAUUGUAAAAAAAUAUUGUAAGAAUAAAAUUUGAUCUAAUUAAAGGCGAAAAUGAAAUAUCUAAUGUAAUUAAAGUUUCAAUUAAAGAUAAUAACCAAACAACUAAAAUAUCAGAUUUACAAAACAUACUCAUUUUAAUUGCUAACAAAUUGCAAAACUCAGACUACUAUAAAGAAUUUAAGCAUCUAGGAUGGAAAGUUUCUCUCAACCUUAUAGGCAAAAUAGGACCCUUUUAUGAUAUCUUCUUAAAUCCAAACUAUGUCAAUGGAAUAUAAAUUCAUUUUUACAUCUACCAAAACAUAAAUAUUUUAGACCAAAACAACAAAGAUGUGUUUUUCAAGAAUAAAAACUUCGACAUUGAAUAUGCAAAAUCUAAUUAAUUUUGUUAUAAUACAUAAAGAAAAACUCUCUGCUAGAAACAAGAGUUACCGGUUAUUUCAAUGUCUAACAUAAGCAUCUAACUUGACGAUUCCAAUAAUAAAUAAUAAAAUCCACCUAAAAAUGAAGACGACCUCUCUACUUUACCUCAACUUAAUAUAGAUGAAUUAGUUCAGCCAGUUCAUAAAGGUUACAUUUCUGACAGAUUUAUCCUUGAUAGCAUUAAAGAUAAAUAAUAAUCAUAAAAUUGA